AAUUAUUUACUUCAGAGCCAUCUCUACAAGAAUCAAAUAUAAUUCAAAACCAUACGAUUAGAAUUUCUGAAACUGGUGGUUCUGGAAAAUUUAACAUUGACAAAGCAUCGCAACAUCUAGCUCAGUUAUGUGAUAAAGCUUUUGAUGCUGAGGAUG